GCUACCGCGCCCCUUGAUUCUCAUACAUACAAAUCAUAAAUACCUAAGACGUAGCUACGAGAUAAUAGUAGGAAAAUGUGGAGAGAGAAUAAAUAAACAUUUCCAAAUUAAAAAUGAUCUAUUAUCUCAUAUUGUAAUGUUACAAUAAUAAUUCGUAAUAUUUACAUUUAACUUAGAAUGGCGCCAAUAUCCACUGGUUGCCAGGUUAUUACAAUGCUUACUUGCUUACAUCGUGCACGUGACUGACAGUUGUUUCUGAAGUUAAGCACCGAAGUUGUUAAUUUAUGAAAAUAAAGCCGAGCUGUUCGAUUACUUUGUUCAGUUACUGUAAAUGAGAGAAGUUAUGGAUAAAAAUACUCAGGUUGAAGAGGAUAAUGAUGAAAAUGAUGUUUUUCAAAAUACUAUACCAUUGGUGAAAGAUUUAUUUCAUAUUUAUGGGAAGGUUGGAGAAGGAACUUUCAGUUCUGUGUACUUAGCAACUUUAAAAUCAUCUGAUGGUUCUAAAAAAUUUGCAUUAAAACAUUUAGUUCCUACCAGACAUCCUGAGAAAAUAGAACGAGAAUUACAAUGUAUGCAGCAGAUUGGUGGAAAAGAUUAUGUAGUUGGAUUAGAAUUAUGUUUACGAAACUUUGAAACCGUAGUAUUUGUAAUGCCGUAUAUGAGACAUGAUAAAUUUUCGGAAUAUGUGCAAGAGUUGACUGUUCAAGAAACAAAGGAGUAUAUGAUAGCAUUACUAACUGCAUUGCGGAGAGUUCAUAAAUUUAAUAUUAUACACAGGGAUAUUAAACCCAGUAACUUUUUAUAUGAUAGGUGCAAUAAAAGAUACUUGUUAGUUGAUUUUGGAUUAGCUCAAGAGUAUGUAGAAGAAAAGAGGUGUAGCAAUGUUAAAUUAACCAAUUCUGAAAUACCAACUGUUAAGCGAAAGAGAGUAGAUGAGAAUAGCAUAAACUUUUCUUUUAAAACGAAGAAAAAGGAUGCAGAAAGCUGUUAUUGUUUUGGAAAACCAAGAGUUUGUUCGGUAUGUAUGUUAAGGCCAGAGCAAACAGCUCCAAGGGCUGGUACGCCAGGCUUUCGUGCUCCUGAGGUUCUAUUGAAACAUGCUUCACAAACGCCUGCUAUCGACAUUUGGGCAAGUGGAGUGAUGAUGUUGUGUAUUCUAAGUGGUACCCAACCGUUUUUUCAUUCACCCGACGACUGUACAGCUUUAGCAGAAAUAACAACUAUAUUUGGAUCCAAUAAAAUGCAGCAAUGUGCACGUAAAUUAGGAAAAAAAAUUAUUUUCAAUGAAGAUAUACCAGAGACUGAUAUCAUAUCUUUAUGUCAGAAAUUACAAAAAAGAAAUAAGUGUUCAUUAGAUAGUACAGAUCAUGACACGUAUAAGAAGGUACCGCCGAGCACCCAAUUUCCAAAGGAAGCUUAUCAUCUUUUGCUAAAAUUAUUAGAUUUAGAUUACAAAACGCGUAUCACUGCGGAUCAAGCCUUAAAUCAUCCAUUUUUGAAGAUGUAAUACAUAUUUUUAUGAUCAAAAUUUUCUUAUUACAUAGCCUGAACAUAUUGUCAUAAAAUUAUAUCGUUAAAAAUUUAUAAAAAUGCAAUUCCAUAUUGCAUGUUAUGAAAGUUGUACACAUGUGUACAACAUGUAUACAGAGAUUUAUUAUUUUUUACAAAUAAAUAAUUAAAAUUUUUCACAAAUAAAUAAUUUUUAUAUACUCCUUUCAACAUCAACAUUACUCAAUAUUUAAACUGUUAAUAAAUGCAACAUUUUAACAACUUAUCUACACGUAAAAGAAGAUACUUAAAUAUCCGGUCCUUUUUCAUU